AUGGGGGGCGUUUUGAGUUUGGCUGGUCCCAAAUGCAGGACCAGCGAUUAUAAUGAGAUGUUAAAUAAUGGAAGUUGCAAGAGGCAAAAGACAUCCUCAAUUUUUUAUGACGAGGAGAGCCCAAGAUUGGUUCCAUUUCUUCCUGAUGAGUUAUCAAUCCAGAUUCUUGCCAGACUCCCCAGAUCUUGCUACUUUAAUAUGAGGUUGGUGUCUCGGAAGUGGAAGACAACGUUUGAGAGUGCUGAGCUGUUUAAAGUUAGAAAAGAAUUUGGAUUAACAGAAGAGUGGCUAUAUGUAUUGAUUAAGGAUGAAGCAGAUAAACUAUCAUGGCAUGCUUUGGACCCUUUGUCAAGAAAUUGGCAGAGGUUGCCUCCAAUGCCGAAUGUUGUUUGUGCAGAAGAAUCUAAAAGGGGACUUUCUGGGCUUUGGUUGUGGAACGUGGUUGGGCCAGGCAUUAAAAUUGCUGAAGUCAUAAGGAGUUGGCUUGGGCAAAAGGACACGCUGGACCAAAUGCCAUUUGGUGGUUGUUCCAUUGGAGCUGUUGAUGGAUGCCUCUAUGUGCUUGGUGGGUUCUCUAGAGCUACCACUGUGAGAUGUGUAUGGCGGUAUGAUCCAAUAUUGAAUGAAUGGAGCAAAAUGACUUCCAUGUCUAUAGGUAGAGCAUACUGUAAGACGAGCAUAUUAAAUAACAAGCUAUAUGUUGUUGGGGGGGUUAGUCAGGGCCGAGGGGGAUUGACUCCUCUUCAAUCUGCUGAAGUUUUUGACCCUUGCAUGGGUACAUGGUCUGAUGUUCCAAGCAUGCCAUUCUCAAGAGCCCAAUUGGUGCCUACUGCCUAUUUGUCUGACCUGCUAAAGCCUAUCGCCACUGGGAUGACUUCUUACAUGGGAAGAUUAUUUGUCCCUCAAAGUUUAUACUCAUGGCCCUUCAUUGUUGAUGUUGGUGGAGAAAUAUAUGAUCCUGAAACAAAUUCAUGGACCGACAUGCCGACUGGCAUGGGAGAAGGCUGGCCUGCUCGGCAGGCGGGUACGAAAUUGAGUGUGGUGGUAGAUGGUGAAUUAUAUGCAUUUGAUCCGUCUACUUCUCCAGACAGUGGUAAGAUCAAGGUAUAUGAUCAGAAAGAAGAUACAUGGAAAGUUGUCAUUGGAAAAGUCCCCGUUGCUGAUUUUACAGAAUCGGAAUCUCCAUAUUUGCUCACGGGUUUUCAUGGAAAGAUUCAUGUCCUUACAAAAGAUGCCAAUCAUAACAUUGCAGUUAUGCAGGCUGACGUGCAAGAUAAUUUGGGUUCCCCAUUAAGCUCAACUUCUGUUUCUGCUGAGUCCUUGCAUGAGCAUUCUGACUCAUCAGAAACAGUUGUUUGGAAGGUCAUAGCCGGUAAAGAUUUUGGGUCUGCUGAACUUGUCGGUUGCCAAGUUCUUGAUAUAUAA